CUCGGCCUCUCUCUUCCGCCGGCCGCCGCCAAAACCAAUCCCCAAACAACGAUGCUCCGCCGCAUCGCCGCCCUACGGCCGCCGCCGCCGCGCGCGGUGGCGGCGGCGCUCGUCGGAGGGGCCGACUCAGGCUACUCCUCCAAGUCCACCUCCCUCCCCCAGAAGCAGCAGCGCGUCCGCGACCACGCCUUCGACGGCAUCAUGGAGGUGCAGAAGCGCGUCCGCCGCUUCCUCGCGCUCCACGCGCUGCUCCUCUACGCCGCCACCCCCACCGCGCCCUCGGGCAAAUUCUCCGCCGGGGGCAGCGGCGCGGUCUCUGUGCCCUUCUCCCGCCUCGGCGCCCUCUCGCGCCGCCAGCUCCGCCUCGCGCCCCUCGACGCUGGCAACUUCAUGCUGCGCCACCCGCACGCCUUCCACCUCUUCCUCCACCCGGUCCACCGCAUCCUCCACGUGCGCCUCACCCCGCGCGCCUCCGCUGCGCUGCGCCUCGAGGCCGACGCCAUCGCCUCCCUGCGCCCCGGCGCCGUCCUCCGCCUCCGCAAGCUGCUCCUCCUCGCGCCCCCGCACCACCGCCUCCGGCUGGAGCACAUCCGUCUCCUCCGCCGCGACUUCGGCCUCCCCGACGACUUCGCCGACUCCGUCAUCCUGUCCAAUCCCGCUCUGUUCCGCCUCACGCCUGACGGGUUCGUCGAGUUUGUGCCCUCCCCUGACGACCCACCCGACCUCACCGUCGCCGCCGUCGAGCGCUCCCGGGAGCGCCACUACCGCGAGCACCGUGCUCCCGGCGCUGGCGAGGAGGACGCGCGCUUCGCGUUCCCCACCCGCUUUCCGCCGGGCUUUAAGAUUGGCAAGUAUUUCCGCAUUGCAGUUUGGAAGUGGCAGCGCCUCCCCUACGCUUCCCCGUAUGCGGACGUCUCUGGCCACGACCUGCGCUCACUUGAGGCACAACGCCGCAUGGAGAAGCGCGCUGUCGCUGCUGUCCAUGAGCUGCUCUCUCUCACCGUCGACAAGCGUACCACGCUCGAGCGUCUCGCGCUCUUCCGUGACGCCCUUGGUGUGCCGAAGAAGAUUAAAGAGUUCUUGCUUAAGUAUCAGGGGAUAUUUUACAUAUCAACAAGAGGAAACCAGGGGAAGCUGCACACUGUGUUCCUCAGGGAGGCAUACUAUAAAGGGGAGCUUUUAGAUUCCAAUGAGAUACAUGACGCAAGGCGGAAGCUGGAGGAGCUGCUCUUGAUGAGCCGAGAGAAGGCGAAUUUGGAUCGGAUGUUCACCAGCAUGGGCCGUGGAUGGGAUGAGCUUGGUGGUGGUCGUUGUGGAGGAGCAGAAUUAAGGGAGAAGUUUCUUGGGGAUGCAGGUGGCAGAAAGAGGAAAGUUGGCGCUGACGAUGAGGACGAUGGUGCCGAUAGUGGGGAGGACUCGGGAGUUGAAUCACUCUACAUCGACUGAGGAACAGAAUCAUACAACGGCACUGAAUGUCAUAUAGUGUAGCCUGAGUUCUGAAUCUGGCAUGGGAACCAUAUUGGAAGAUUGAUUUAUCAUGCUAGCAUCUACACCAUGGUGUAGUGAUCUUGAUUGAUAAGAGAGUGUUGUAUUCUGAGGUGAAAAUUUGAGUGAGAGGUCUCGUCCUAAACUUGCGGACACUAUGGAUUGGGGAAGUUAUCACCCUCAAUGCUGCCAUGCAUCUGCACUAGGAUGGUUGAUGGAAUUUUCAUUUGCUCAGCAUUAUGUGAAGGGACAAAGACACAAGCAAGAGAACUCCUUUCUGCCCCCAAGCUAAUUUGAUCAGUGUCUUUUGACUUGAUUGUCCAGAUUUGAAUCACAAUUCAAAACCAUAACAGAUAAUAACUUGUCAGUAUUGGUGUUAUCUGAUAAACUGUUCGAAUGGAGGGGCGCUGGGAUCAAGGGGGCGCUCCUGCUGUCUCCGGUCAGCAUGAUGGCCCCCCUAUGGUCGAGUUGCCUUCUCCGUUAUCGGCGGCCGGAGCUGCGCUGCGUGAGAUGGAAGCCCCGUAAUUUUCCUUUCCCUUUCUUUUUUCCCAGUAGUUCCUGCUGACCGGGGUGGUCUUUCUAUGUAUGCUGAACCAUGUAACUGUACUUUUCGCUCCUACCUUAAUAUAAAUGAAAGCAGCGCUGUUGCUCUUUGUAAAUAAAAAAGUUCAGAUAGUCGACUCAGCAGUUAAUGUUCAGAGAGCAUGCAUCAUUGUUCUGUUCAUUCUUUCAGAUGAUAUUAUCUUAUUUGGUAUCUUUUCAAUUUCUUUCUUUACUCUUUCUGGUCCAAGCGUGAGUUACGUAACACUAGACAGUCCUGCAUUAUUUAGCCAGUCUAUUUAAUGCAUUGUAUUUUUCUUUCUCAGUCCCAGUAUGUCAGUUUAAUUCAUCUAUCAUUUGGUUUAUCAGUAAAAUUUCUUUAGUCAUCAGUAUUUUUGUUGCUUUAUUAUUUUCUGGAUUUCAUUGUCUCAUUGUUACUUAAGUACUUGAGUCUUCAGACUCAUUCUUUGAAAUUCAGUUUAUUGAUCUUCAGUGCACAUGUUUAUUCAUUAUUUCAGUAAGGCCCUUCUCACUGGUCAGAUUUUCAUUUUUCAAGCUCCUACUUAUCAGUCAUUCCUGAGUCUAUCAGGUUUCUUCAUUUUUUAUUUCUUUCCUUCAGUAUAUAUGUCCUCAGUUUUCUUCAGUUUCGGAUUUCUGUAUUUGGUCCUUAAAUUUUAAAAUCACUCAUUCUCCAGUCUUUCAGUCUUACCUUCUCAGUCAUCUUCAAUAUUCAUUGAACAUCAAGGCUAUGCGAUCAGGUCAGGUUUGGGCAAAGGUUUUUCCAGUGUUCGUUUUUUGCGUUCUGUCGCUAUCUAGGAUUAUUCAGAUUUUCCCUUUUUUUUAGAUAACAUCGCCACAACUUUGUCAUUAUUAUUGUUCCUCACAUGAGGAUUUGGUUUUUCAGUUUCGUCAAUAGUUUCAGUGUUAGGUGUCAUUUUCAUCAGUUUCCUCAGUAGUUUCAGUGUUCGGUGUCAUUUUCUUCAGUUUCGUCAAAAGUUUCAGUGCUAGGUGUCAUUUUCUUCAGUUGUGUGAGUUACCACAUAGGUAGGUUAGUUAGCUAGUUUAGCAUGUUUUCAGACAGUUUUCAGUCUAUCUACAUCUCUCAUUUCAGUACUUUAGUCUUCAUUUUAUUUCUUCACAAUAAUUUCUUUUUCAGCCCUUCUUUUGCCAGUUUUUAUUUCUUCCUUUCCAGAUCGGAUCAGAUACACGCUAGAAAUGGAUUAAAUGGGGGUGUCGGUGUCGUCGAAUCCUACCACGAUCAGAUACAUGCUUGAAAGUCAGAGAUACAACUCUUACAGCAAAAUCAUUUUUGUGGGUCUGCGCCAAUAACCCGCUGAAAUCCGUGUCGGUUCUAGUGACUGUAGCAGCAAGAAGGAGCUGCCUGUUUGCGGGGUGGGGUCUCAAGACUGAGCUUUUUGGGCUUGAAGGUUAGGUCAAUUUUUGGGCAUUCAGUUCAGUUCAAUUAUGGCUAAGGAGAUCAUCGUGCCCCUCAGCGUGGAUUGAUUAACACUUCAAAGGAAGAACCAGGAGGAUCUAUUCAUCUGCAUAUCUGUUGAAGGCUCUGAAGUGCAACUAACAAAUUAUUGCAAAGCCAUCAGUUGGUGCAUGAUGUCAUCCACUAUUUGCAGAUUAUAUGUCAACUAUUUACUGCCGCCCCGCAGAUGUUUUAAUUUAUUUGAUCCAAGUUCUGAACUGACUUCCUGUCAGCUUGCCACUCGAGAUUGUCAGCCCUUCCAAAUAGCAGCAUGGGGUUCAAGCACACCACUUUGUACAUCAAUCAAGCUCAAACCACAUUUAUGAUGUGAAAGUGCCGCAGAAGACUGAAAUGUACAAGAUGUGUGCUCUGCUAUCCAACUGACAUACAGAGGUCAGUCUCGACCAGUCCAGAUCCUUGACAACUAAGCAUUUAUACCAACUUUUCCAACUUUGCUUUCAGUUCUGUACCCAUUUGCCCUCUAUUUCCCCUUCAGUCCCUUCUGUCUUUACUUCUUUGGGGGAAAGCACUAGAAUUAGCUUCACUUUUACGUGCCAAAGACGUAUAUAUAUACCCUGGUAUCUAAUUGGUUUCUUCUAAAACAUCAUGCCGUGUCUUGUUGUCUCGAGUUGAGCUAACUGUGCUUCCUGAAUGGUACACAGCAAGGAGGGGCGUGAUAUGCUUUUUACGCUGCGUAUUUGAUCGAUCUGGAGAUAAUCUCAAUGAAUGCUGCCUGCAUUAGCUUGAUUUUCUUGGCCUACAGGUUGGUGGCACUGCAAAAGCAGAGUUAGGCAGGUCUGAUUACUAAAGUGUGCUAAUUUGUGGUUAAGGGUGUCGCGUUAGGCACGUCGGUCUGGGUCUGGUGCGGUCGAGAUUAAUUGCCAUUGCUAUCAAGCCUUUCCAAUUAGGUGGGUUGGGUUGAUCCAGGGCCGUGUUUGGUUCAGGCAAAUCCAUCAUUGGAGGCUAUUAAUUGGCAUUAGGCCUUGAUCUGUGGGAAGGGGAAGGAGGCCAGCUCUGUAAUGCUUGCUCCAAGGUCGGUCAGUCAAGGUCUUGAAGAGUCUGACGUCGAAUGCACCGUGCCACGGCUAAAAUGGCGUCAUUGCGGUGCUCGGAAAUCUUUGUUCGAUUCAGGUCUCCUGCAAAUGUCAUCGGUGUUUGGUUCCAGAAGACCGAAGUUGCCGGCGACGAAUCCGUCGGGUCUGUUGCAUCUUACACCGGACUAUAUCACCGGUUUUUCUUGAACCUCUUGGUUGAUAACCGUCAAGAUCAAGCCGUGAGGUGCUUCACGGACACGAGUAUAUGCCAUAGACCCCCUCAACAGAAAAGAGAGUAUAUUCCAAAGUCUUCCUCGGAAGUCUUGAUGCUGUCUGGUCCAAAGAUCAACUGUCUCGUCUCAGUCGGCUCGUCCUUGCGGCCUAGGUGCUGCAUCAACAAAGCCUGACCAGUAGCCCCCUGGCUUCUGAUGCAUUCACGAAAGCAGUCGGUAAAACAGCUUUACUGUAACUGGCAAAAGCACGGAAGCUUGUGCUGUAACUUCCUACCAUGAUUAUCUGUAGAAAACAGAUCCAGGAAAAGGCAGAUGAAGGCUGUCAUUGAAGCUCCCAUGCGUUUUGUGAUUUUGGAGAUAAUUCAUGUUCUUUGUAGACCUGGCCAUUACGUUCAGCUACGUAUAAAGGAACUGUGCUCAUUACUAUGAGGAAUAAUAAGGUGGAGACAGCCGGCUCC